AUGUGUGACGAUGAAAAUUUUAAAAUUGUGACAAAUCACAUUCAUCAUGAAUUUACUAACGAAGAACUUCGAUCUGUUUUUCAAGCGUCGAGAAAUGCAGUACCUUACUAUGAAGUAGUACCAGUAGCACAUAAUUUUCACGUCCGAGACUUCAACGAAGGCCCAACAGUAAAAAUCAACUCUUUUGAUCAAAAUUUAAAAAUGUAUCUAAGCCCAUCCGAUGCAUUUUUGGUUAGUGAAAACACUCCUGUUUGGACGGCUCAGCCCGACAAAAAUUCAUUAAACGGUGUGAAAUAUCGCAAAGUUAAAGAUCCCUUCAAUGAUGUCGGUCAAGCGUAUCAAGACGCCCAGACCAACUCGGCAGUGGUUAUUUACAGGUCUAGCAGACGAAUUGUCGAAAGAAAACGAAAAUCUCCUCUCAAUAGAAACAAACGCAGUUUACCAGAUGUUAUUUAUCCGCAAGUGUUGGCCAUCUUAGACAGCACAUUAUACCAAAUUUUGAAUAAAGAUUACAAAACAGCAAUUUUAUAUUUACUUUCAUUUUGGAACGCUGUCGACUUGAGAUACCGAACUAUAAGCAACCCGAAAGUCCGAAUAAAUGUCGCAGGUUUCAUUAUUUCAGUGUCAGAAGGAGGAACUCCGUACCUAGAAAAUAAUCGCCGCGGAGAUAUAGAACUUGACGCCGAUUUGGCAUUAAUAGACAUGAGUCAUUAUUUUUAUAAAGAAACGAGAUUUCCAUUUGAGACUUAUGACAUGGCUGUUGCUCUUACCAACUACGAUAUAUGUAACGUAGAAUACGGCUACUGCGACCCUUCAACGUUAGGGUACGCGUUCGAAAUGGGAGCCUGUAACAGAAGUUCAAUCGACCGAAAUACCGAAGCCGUAGGAAUUGUGGAAGAUAAUGGUGGAUACGGCGCAAUUCUUCCAGCUGCUCAUGAAGUUGGUCACUUAGCGGGUGUUCCUCACGACGGUACCGAAGAAGCAUCAGAUUGUUCGGGCCUCGACGGCUACAUUAUGACCCCCACGGUGACUUUUGGCCACAACAGCUUCCACUGGUCAAAGUGCAGUAAAAAAUUGAUGGAUGAUUUUUUCGCGAUGAGCGACGCAUCUUGUCUUUUUGACCAGCCAAGAAGAAGCAAACAAAUACCGCUUAUGCUUCCAGGAAAAAUCCAAACUCUCGAUCAACAAUGUCAAAAAGUUUAUGGAACUAAGGCUUGUUUUUAUGAUGAAAGAGUUUGUACGAAAUUAGAGUGUCAAAUCCCGAGGGGUGGAGGGUCAUGUAAGUCAAUAUCUUCUGCUGCUGAAGGGUCUAAAUGUGGCGAAGGAAUGUUUUGCAUACGAGGAAAUUGCAUCGCUGAAAAUUCAACGACUGUCCCAAACUGGGAAAAAAAAAAACCCGAGCCAAAUCAGUUUUGGGAUAAUUUCCACCCUGGACCUUCUACGAUAAAAAUUAAUUAA